AUCGCAUCGGUGGCAGUCACACUAAAAGUUGUUAUACAAAAUAAAUAGUAUUUUUUAACACAAUAUGAGCCUUGAACAACAGUCAGCCGUGGAUCCUCACAAUCCCCAUGGAUUGGGCGAUCCAAAUGAUACCAGGUUGCGCAAGGUGGAGCGCGAAGUACUGAUACCCAAGAUAAUGCGCGAUCGUGCAAAGACGGAGUUCUGCUCAAAGGAGGUGGCCGACUUCCAGGAGUGCUGCAAGGCCAGCAGUAUACUGAUGGUGGCCACCUGCCGGAAGCAGAACUCAGCCCUGAAGGAAUGCCUCACCCAGUGGUAUCAGAACGAUGCCUUCAAGGAGGAGUGCAAGCAGAUAUAUCUACAGGAGCGCGCCGACUAUCGCAGCACUGGCAUACCCAAGAAGCACCGGCUGGAGAAGUUGUAGAGUCCCUGAGUAGUUCCUUAUUGUUGUUUGCUUUGUACAAAAGUUAAGUAAUUAAAACGCCGCACAAUAGUCUCUGUUACUGUGGCUUCCUUCAA